UUCUCCAAGGCAUUUCAGAUUUCUUGAAGAAUGAAAUAUGUCUGCUACAGCUCCACAGAUUGUUUGUUCCCGAAGAGAAAACAUCUAUGCAGAAAAAAAAACCCCACAAUUUAUCUCUCCCAGUAGAUAUGGAUUCUACACUGCAUCUGGUUUUGAUCUUCUCCUGCAUUUAUCUUACUUGUCUGUCUAGUCAACAAGAAACCAGGUUUAUCUAUAAUGGUUUCGACCAAGCAGACCUUUUUACCGAUGGUCUCGCCAAGAUCCUUCCUGGCGGGAUUUUGCAGUUGACAAAUACUACAGAGCGGCAAGUGGGUCAUGCUUUCUUCAAGCAGUCAUUUGAUUUUGCUCCAUCUGAAUUCUUUACGCAUUUUGUGUGCGCCCUGGUGCCUCCUAAGUUGGGAGCUGAUGGUGGCCAUGGGAUUGCCUUCGUUGUAUCUCCUUCCAUGAAUCUCUCUAAUGGAUCUCCAACUCAGUACUUGGGCGCCUUCAGCAUCCCAACAAAUGGGACUUCCUCUCCUCAUCUGCUAGCUAUUGAACUCGAUACUGUUAGUACGAUAGAGUUUGAUGUGCUGGACAAGCCUCAUGUUGGGAUUAAUGUAAACAAUCCAUUAUCUGUUGAGUCUGCCCUCCCAUCUUACUUUUCCAGUGCGUUGGGGGGUAGUGUAAGCAUAAAUCUCCUGAGUGGAGAGCCUAUCCAGGUGUGGGUGGACUACGAUGGAUCGUUGCUUAAUGUUUCACUAGCCCCUAUAAACAUAGAAAACCCAAACCGGCCUCUUAUGUCAAGAUCCAUCAAUCUUUCAGAAAUUUUUGAAAAUAAGAUUUUUGUGGGCUUCUCUGCAUCGACAGGGCAACUGACCAGCAGCCAGUAUAUACUUGGGUGGAGUUUUAGUAGGAGCAAAGAACUAUUUCAGGCCCUGGACCUCUCUAAACUCCCUCAGGCUCCUCUUCCCCAAGAUGAACCAGAAAAGGCUCCUCUUCCUAGAGAUAAACUAUCUCCACUGCUUAUUGGUUUGGUUGUCGUGUUGGUGAUCCUUGUACUGAUAGUUCUAGGAGGACUUUAUCUGUAUAGGAGAAACAAGUAUGCAGAAGUAAGAGAAUCGUGGGAAAGGGAAUACGGUCCACACCGAUUCUCCUACAAAUCUCUGUAUAAAGCAACAAAUGGGUUUGGGAGAGAUGGUCUUAUAGGGAGAGGUGGGUUUGGAGAAGUCUACAAAGGAACUCUUCCCCUAAGCAGGCAUAUAGCUGUAAAAAGACUGUCACACGAUGCAGAACAAGGAAUGAAACAGUUUGUGGCUGAAGUUGUGACUAUGGGAAGCUUACAGCAUCGGAACUUGGUUCCUCUUCUCGGGUAUUGUAGAAGAAAAGGUGAGUUACUUCUGGUAUCUGAGUACAUGCCCUGCGGCAGUCUUGAUCAGCACUUGUUUCAUAACCGAAACCCAUCUCUUUCAUGGUUGCAAAGGAUUUCUAUUCUUAACGACAUUGCUUCGGCUAUUAGUUACCUGCAUACAGGAGCUAGUCCAGCUGUUUUGCACCGGGAUAUAAAAGCUUCUAACGUCAUGUUAGAUUCCGAGGGUAAUGGAAGGUUAGGAGAUUUUGGAAUGGCUGGGUUUCAUGACCCCAGAGCCAACUUAUCUUCAACAGCUGCGGUGGGAACCAUAGGUUACAUGGCACCUGAGCUAAUAACAAUGGGGACUUCUACAAAAACUGAUGUGUAUGCCUUUGGUGCUUUCAUUCUUGAAGUAACUUGUGGAAGACGACCUGUAGAACCCGAGCUGCCGGUGGAAAAGCAAUAUCUGGUCAAGUGGGUUUGUGAACGGUGGAGAAGUGGUUCUUUACUCGAGACCAGAGAUCCAAGAUUGGGAGGAGAAUUCUUACCCGAGGAAGUGGAGAUGGUUCUUAAACUCGGGUUGCUCUGCACAAAUGCUGCCCCAGAAUCAAGACCUGCCAUGGGACAAGUGGUGCAAUACCUAAACCAGAGCGUACCCUUGCCAGAUUUCUCACCAUAUUCUCCAGGUAUCGGAGCUUUUAUGCCAGUGUCAAUGCUAGCAUCAUUUAACAUUGGUGUGCCCAAUUCAAGGAAUUCGUCAAUGCCUACGUUUGUUUCUCAUACAAUCUUGGAAGGGCGUGGAAGAUGAGAUCUAUGAAACUGUGAAUUAUCUGCAUCUAAAUCUCUUUAGCUACUCAAUUUUUUUUUUAACUUCAAGAAUUUAACUGUUGUUGGUUGAGCUGAGUCUUUUAUGCUAUCUUCUGCAUAGGCUUAGGUGAGAAAUGUUCUGUUUUCCUUAUUCCUAAGUGGCCAACAACAUUAUCUUAGUUUUGUAAAUUUUCUUUUUGUUGGUAGAAUCGUAUUUGUUGGCCGUGGAAAAUUAGGAAACCAUUAA